UUUCCAUUACUUCCUUUUCUGAGCAUCCUUAUAACCCGAGCAAAGCUGCCUGUCAGUCCCGGAUCCACUCCACUGCUACCUGUGCCAUCAUGCCACUCAGAGCCCACUGCUCACUCCUGCUGGCAGUAAUUGCCCUCUGCUGCUUUGCCACCGUGUUUGCCUUCCCUAUGGAUGGAUUUGCCCCGGAUAACCAGUGCCGCUGUUUACACACCACAAAUGAACGCCUCAACGUUCGAAUGUUUCAAAGAAUUGAGAUUGUACCUGCUGGGCCAAACUGUCGCAACACUGAAGUGAUAAUCACCAUGAAGCAGAAAAGAGUAGUGUGUGUGGACCCUGACGCAGACUGGGUCCAAAGAUUCAUCGCUAAAGUUGUUAAAAGAAAUGGCACAAUGAACUGAGAAGUGGCACCUCUGGAACUUGAGGAGAUUUUCUCUUCACUCAAAAUGAAACCAAGCUCAGAACAUAAUGUGAAAAAGCCAAGUUUAUGCUGAUGAAAAUUUACUUUGAUAUUUUAAUUUGAUAUACUGAAUACUGAAUAAAAUGCAUUAAAAUAUGA